CAAAACAGACGCAGUUUCUUAAAAUUCUGCGAUUAUUACCACACAUUUGUUAUAAAAACAACGUAUUGGUUGGUGUAAAAAAUGGCAUACGACGCAACACAUGAUGAUGGACCAGGAUUUGUAGGAAUUCGGUUCUGUCAGGAGUGUAACAACAUGCUGUACCCAAAAGAAGACAAGGAAAACAAAAUUCUUCUCUAUGCGUGCCGUAAUUGUGACUACAAGCAAGAAGCAGACUCCAACUGUAUCUACGUGAACAAAAUUAUGCACGAAAUCGACGAGCUAACACAUAUUGUGCCGGAUGUGAUAUCGGACCCUACGCUGCCACGAACCGAAGAACACGCCUGUCCCAAAUGCUCCCACCGGGAAGCAGUUUUCUUUCAGGCCCAAACCCGCCGAGCAGAAGAAGAAAUGAGAUUGUAUUAUGUGUGUACAAACCCCUCCUGCUGCCAUCGGUGGACGGAAUAGUCUCUAUGUUGCUGUGCCUGUGCUGGACUGUUGCGAAAAUACCACAUUCAUUUGCAUUACUUAGUACUUCAAUGAUGCAAAUAAACCAAUGA